GCCACUCUCCAACCACUGCUUAAGCGCUAGAGCUAGCUAAUUCUCUAUACCUCUCUAUCUCUAGAACAAGUUAAAUUAACAAGAGAGAGCUAGCUAGUAUAUGGGAAGAAAAUCGUCGUUCUUCUGCGCCAUAUUCAGCUUCUCACGGAAGUCUAGGCGGUUCCAGGUCGACGACGAGGGCGACUGGGAGUGGCCGCCCGCGCCGGCGCUGCGCAAGGUCAGGUCCAGCGACGAGGACUCCGGGUGGUGGGUCGGCGAGCGCGACGUCGACCAGAAGGCCGCCGACUUCAUCGCCAGCUUCCACCAGAGGAGCCUUGUCGCCUGAAGCUAUAUCAACGACGCCAACCCAGCUGCUACCUCGAGCUAUUUCCGGCGGGCGCCGUACGUAUACGUACGCGCGUCCAGGUUAUCGACCGGAGCUAUACCUAGCUAGCUUGUCGAUGAACUAGUAUUUAUGUAGACACAUAUAUAUAAGUGUGUGUCAGUAUGCUGUGUGGUAUGUGUAUAUGUUCAAUGUACAAGUAUGUACGUACGUAUCGUGUGAAAUAAUGCUGGCCGAUGAGAUACUAUUUCUGUAGCACUGCACAACUGUCCAAGUUGUUCGUAUAUAUAUGAAUGAGUAUGACUUGAAAUACAUGUGGUUUUGCUUAA